AUGUCGAUAGCGGCGGGAUCGAUGUUUAAAUGGCUGGAUUUGUUGGAGAAGGAAUUCGAUAGAAGCUUCGUGCAGCUUGAUUUGUUGCUGGGAGAGGUCGAGGAGGAGAAUAAACAAGUGACGAAUGAAGGACGCGACAAGCUCGGAAUCAUCUCAUCGUGCUUCUCCCAGUUGUGCCACAAAGCACAAACUCUGGCGCAAAUGAACUGCAAAUUGGAAGCUGAAGUCGUCAAUUUGCAGACAGACUAUUUCUCCAGCUCCGCGAAAACGAAGACAGAAAAUGAGGAAAACGAAAAACUGGUAUUACAACUUCACGAAGCCCAGUCAUUAUCUGGACCGGUUAUCAUCCUUGAGAAAAGUAAUACUAACAUGACUACCCCUUCUCUAAACAUGCCUGGAGCAGUAGGCGUUGUCCGCAGAGUAGUCAUCAACAAACACCCUGAAGAUGGCCUUGGACUUGCCAUCGUCGGAGGGAAGCAACUUGGAACUCCUAUUUUAAUUUCUGAAAUUUACGCUGGAAAACCCGCUGCCCAAUCGAGAAAUGUCUACGUUGGCGAUGCAAUUUUGUCCGUUAAUGGAAUUGAUUUGAGAAAUUUGAAACACAACGACGCGGUGAAGAUUUUAACCGAUCAAGAAGGACAGGUCGAACUGGAGCUCCUCUUUAUUUCGCCGGAAGAAAGUGCGUCUUCGUUGACGAGAUUGGAAUCGCACGACGUUUCUACCUCGAUGGGGCCAGCUGCCAUGGCCAAGAUUUCCGAAGCAGAGGCCGAUGAACUGCCGGAAGUACCUUUAGACGACCCUAUCGAAGAAGCAAAAUCAGCCCUGGAGAACGGCGAAAAUGAAAACACUGAGAGCCUGGCUCUUACAAACGAUCCCGAAGUUGCAUCCCUAAAAUCCGAAACUGCCCCGCUAGACUCGAUCCGUUCCGAAAUCAAUGAGAUCGAGUCGCACUCUGAAAAAGAUACCACGCCUAUAAAAGAAGACUUCUAA